AUGAAAUACAAGAUAUUUUUACAAGUUUUAAUAAUAUUAAUUUCUUUAUUUAUAAAUAUAAAAUCACAACAAAAUUAUAACAAUUAUAAUAAUAUAUAUGUAAAUUAUAAUAUUUCUAAUUCGAAUGGAGAUGGUACUAUCACAAACCCAUUUCAAAGUUUGUGUGAUAUAAAUUCAAAUAUUUUAACCUCCAAUUCUAUAAUAAAUAUAGCAGUUGGUGAAUAUAAUACAAAAAAAUGCAUAUUUGAAAUAAAUAAUAUCAAUAACUUUACAAUAAUACCGUAUAAUCCCAAUAAUAAUAAUGACAAUUUAAUAAAUAUUUAUAAUAUAGGUUUUAAUAUUAUAAAUUCUACAAUAAUUAAUAUAAAUGAUUUAAAUUUUAUAUUUUUAAAUGAUAAUUUUAAAAUCAAUAUAAAUAAUUCAAUAAAUAUAAUAAUAAAUAAUUCUAUAAUAGAAAACUAUAUAAUUUUAAUUUAUAAUAGUAAUAAUGUAGUUUUUAAAAAUUCAUUAGUAAAAUCAACAUCAAAUAUGGUUACAACUAUAAAUCAAAUUAUUAAUAGCGUAGAUUCAAAUUUAGUAGUAAAUGAUACUGUUUUUCAAUCAUCCAAUUCAAAUAUAAUGUUAUUAAAAUCAAGCAGUAUUUCUAAAGCAACAGGAGUUUCAUUUAAUAAUAUUUUUAUAUCAGAAUUUAAGAUACAAGAAUCAACUAUUGUUUUAGAAUCAUUAAUACCCACUGAAUCAGUUUUUUUAAGUGGUUUAUAUGAAUUUAAUAAUAUAACAUUUUAUAAAUCUAUUUCAACAACCCUAAUAACUUUAUUAACCAAUAAUAACAACAACAAUAAUCUAAUAAUGAAUCAAAUUAAUUUAAUAGAUAAUAAUAAUAUAUUAUUUUUAAAAUUAAAUAUAAAAAACAAUAGUUUUAAUAGUAUUUCAAUCAGAAAUUUUAAUUUUGUAAAAACAAUUACAGCUACCAAAUGCGACAUUAAUAGAUUCGUUACAACCUCAUCAACAUCAUCAAAUAUAAGCAGUAAUUUAACGAUAAGUGAUUCAAUAUUCAAUUGCUUUGGGACAAGUGAGUUUAAAUUUUCAAAUGUCCAAUUCAGAAAUGUUAGCAUUACAACAACUUUUAAAGGUGCUUUUAUAAGGAUUUUAGAAGAUGCUCUAGUAACUUUUUAUUCGAGCACAUUCAAAACCAGUAAUUUCGAUACAAAAGGUUCUUUAUUUGUUCUAGACAAUGGCUCAUUUUUAACUUUAAAUCAAUGUAUAAUUAAAGAUUCAUCAUCAACACUCCUAGUAUCAUCCAGCCAAAAAGAAGCCUCAGUAAUUAAAAUCAAUAAUUGUCAAUUCCUAAGAUCAACAUCAAAUACCUCUCCAUUCAUUUUAACUUUAAAUUCAAAUCUAUCUAUUUCAAAUUCACUUUUUGAACACUAUAAUAGUUCGCUAUCCUCUUUUAUAACUGCAUUUUCUACAAAAAUAAAAAUAGAAUCUACCCAACUAAACAAUUUUUUGAUUGGUUCACAAACCCCAAUGAUAUCGGCACUCAAUUCAAAUUUUGAAAUUGAUGAUUUAAGAAUGGACAAUUGUAUUUGUGGUUUCAAUACUUUUUUUAGUGUAGCCAGACCUCAAAUAUUCUCCAUAUCAAACUCUAUAUUUACAAAUAAUCAUGGUAUUGAAAGGGAUUUUCAAUUGUUUUCAUUUUGGAACGGGACAAACAUAACAUUUUCUCAUCCUCAAUUUAUAGGUAAUUCAUUUUCACCAAUGAUAUAUCUAGAAUCAUCCAAUUUUACAAUAUCAGAUAUCACAUAUUAUAAUAACACUGGGUCAUUUGUUUCUGGUAUAUCAAAUCAAACACAAACAGUUGAAAUAUCGAACUUUUUAAUUGAAAAUAAUAAAACCCCAUUUGAAUACUUGUUUGCAUUUCGAGGCCCCUACAGUGCAAGACUAUAUCGAAUCACCAUCGCAAAUAAUUAUUUACCAAAAUAUUUAAUUUAUUUUGGAAGUCAAGAAAGAAGCAACCCAAAGAACUCAAUAGAAAUUACAUGUUUCAAUUACUAUAAUAAUAUUAUAAUAGAUAACUUUAAUGGCAAUAAUAUUUUCCCCUUUCUAUUCGAUAUCGAAACUCCCGUGCCAUCACAAAUUUUAUUUUAUAAUAUAGAUUCCAAGUUUACCAAUUCAAUUGUAGAAAAUAAUAAAUUUUUAUAUGGAGUGUUCACAGUAAGCCAAGCAAAUUUUGAAAUCAGUUAUAGUAGUUUAUCAAAUAAUCAAUUUCAGAGCAAUGGUUUAGGAAAAUUAUUUUCCAUUUAUGGUGUCAGUUUUUAUAAUGUAUACACAACCUUUUAUCAAGUAACCAUUAACAACAAUAGAAUAGCACAAGAUUUAACAUAUUCAAUACUUUUCGACGAGCCUUUAGUUAAAAUUUUUUCUACAAGUAUUAAUAUUUCUAAUUGUGAAAUGUCUUUCAAUUAUUUUCCACGCAGUAAAGGUGGUGCUAUAAACAAGGAUGAUGUUUCUAGGUGGUAUCAAGUUAUUAUUAAAGAUUCAAUUUUUGAUUCAAAUAUAGCUCAAUAUGGGGGUGCAAUUAGUCUUGCUGGCUAUUAUGAAAAUAAAGAUUUACAAAUAUCAAAUUGUGUUUUUAAAAACAAUUAUGCAAAAGAUAAUGGUGGUGCUAUAUAUAUUGAAUAUAGUACUUUUAUUGGUACCAAUAAUAGUUUUUAUAAUAAUUCAUGUUUAUUUGGCAAAAAUAAUUAUGGGAGCGGUCCAUUUUUAUUAUCACCUCAUUAUUUAAAAGCAGUUAGUGGUGAAGUUUUAUUUGUGCAAUUUUCAAUUUUGGAUUAUAGUUUAGAAAUAAUUAAUGGUAUUUCAGGUUUUUUAAAUACAUCAAUAACACAAUUUCGUUGUAAUAAAAAAGUUUAUAAAAAUUCUUGUGUACCAAAUGACUUAAUUACUAAUGUUACAUAUGUCUCUAGUAAAGUGGUUUCAGGUCAAGGUUCAUUCUAUUACGUUUUUUAUGGUGACUUUCCAACUUGGUAUAAUAUUAAACUUGUAGGUUAUCCAGUUAGUCUUUUUAUAAACAUUGAACCAACCGGUUGUCCUCCAUAUACAAUUGAUCAAAAUAAUAACUUUAUGAAUUGUACUUUUUGUCCUUUUGGGUCAUCUGCUAUAAAAGUUGGAAAUAAAAGCGAAUGUUUUCAAUGUAAUUCUCAAGAAAUGGUUUGUCAAAACUCAAAUGUUUACUCAUUAGAUGGCUACUAUAAGGUUAAAACAAAUAAAGUGUUUUCUUGUGCAAUCGAUAUGUGCUCUCAAGAAAAUACAUGCCAAUCAAGCUUACAUACAGGUGAUACAUGCUAUUAUUGUUUGGAAGGUGUAGCUAAAAAUGGAAUUCAAUGCUGUUCAAAGUUUAACCCAAUCCUAUUAUUACCAGUUUUCACUAUGUUUUUUUUAAUCAGCUUGAUACUAUCAGUUUUAAAAUUUAAAAAUAACCAUUCAAUUUUAAAAUCAACAAUAAUAUUUAUUCAAACCAACUCAAUUAUUUUCUUUUCAUAUGGAGGAAUUUACAUUUUACCAUUGUUCAGAUUUUCAAUUGACUUUUUAGAUCAAUAUUGUUAUUUUAAAAAUUUAAACUAUUUACACAAAUUAAUAAUUUCAAAUAUUGUAAUUAUAAUCUCUUUUAUAUUAUCAUCAACCAAUAUAACUAUCAAUCUUAUAAAUAAUUUAAUAAUCAAUAAUUACUAUUUUAAAAAAACUAUAUAUAAAAUAUCAACAAAUAAAAAAAGAUUAGAUAAUGAUAAUAAUAAUCAGGCAGAUAAUAUAAUAGAACAAUUUGAAAAAUAUAAUAGAAAAAUAACUCAAAGAAACUACUCUAUAAUUCAUAAAACUAAAUCAACUUGGUUUUUAAUUCAAAUAUAUAGUAUACCGGUACUAUUCAAUUUAAUAUCAGUUUUAAUAUAUAGAGAACAGUAUUACAUACCAACAUCAAGAGAAUCCAAUAACGAAUUUCACGACAGCAGCUCACAUCAAAUUGACGCAAACGAUAUAGAAAGAAAUAUUUUAUUGUUAGCUUUAGAUUUUUCAGUUCCAUACCUAAAUUAUAGCAAUACCCCUUUACACCCAUUACAUUUAAUACUAUUCUUAAUUUCAACAAUAUCAUUAUUUCUAAUAUUAUUGUUUUUAUUAUUAAUCGUUUUAAUGGUUUUAAAUCAUUAUAAAUUAAUAAGGAAUGGGUGGUAUUUUUGGUUAUAUAAUAGAAUCAUUCCAGAUAAAUUAAAAAUUAUAAAAAGAGUUAUUUCAAAAUUAAACUAUACAAAAAAAUUCAAAUGGUGGGACCUUUUAGUUUUAGCAAAAUCUUUUAUCUAUACUUUAUUGGCACUUCUCAUGCUAUUCAAGCCUCAACUUUAUAUGAACAUAGUUUUAUGGAUUCAAAUCGCCUAUUCAGUCUGUUUCUUUUUAGCGAAUCCUAUUCAAUCAAAAAAUAAUUAUCAAAGACGGCAUGAACAAAGAAGAAAUAAUCUAAUCAAUUUAUACCAAAUUUUCAUUUUCAUUUUAUCUGGAUCAUUACUAUUUAAAACCUUAAUUCCUCAAUUAAAAGGUAUAGUUAUUACAAUUUUAACUCUUUUAAUUUUUUUAUUUUUAUAA